CUCUUUAAUAUAAGCUUGGAUUUCUCAAAGUAGCAAGCCAGAGUAGCCGGACGACUGCGGACGACGACUCGCAGUCGCGGACGGACGGUGGCGGUCCCUCUCGAGAAAGUGAUACCGUGCGACGGUGGUGGUGGUACUGGCAGCGGCGCUCGUCGCUCGCUCCCCCUCAAAUUCGCCAGCAGGCAGCGUGUAUGUGCUGGUCUGCUGGUGUGUGCCAGGACUGCGCCAGAGGCCAGGCGCCAGCGUGCGGCGCGUAGGCACGGCGUGCAGCGAGCGGAGCAGCGCGGAGCAGUAGCGAGUCGCCGUCGCGCGAGUUCGCCGUAGGGCGAGUCGAGUCGAGUCGAGUCGAGUCGAAUCGAAUCGAAGCGGGUCGCGCGAGGACAAGAGAACGGGACGAGCGAGAGCUUGAUCCCGGUGUUCUGUCGUCGGUUCUUCGUACUCGUCGUCGUCGUCGUCCCGUAUGCGCGUCCCUCGUCGGCGCGUCGCCGUCGGCCAUUGUCCCUGACAUGGAAGCCUAUCAAAAUGGCAGAGAUCGUGCAGAUGUUUUUGUUCCUAUAUAAGUCCAAGUACCGUCGGAAACGCCGUCGCGACAGCGACGGCGACGACGACGGUGGCGGCGGCGGUGGCGCGUGGCGCGGUCGCGACCGCGAGGAGGAUCACGAUCGGCGGUGGCGGUGUCGACGGUGCGGCCAUGGCAGCGACAGCGGCAACGGCGGCGGCGGUAGCGCGACCGCGACGGUGCCGUGGGCGCCGUUCCUGCUUUGGGCGGCGCUCGUCUGCUGGGUGGUCCACGUAAGCGCCGCCGCCUCCGCCUCCUCGUCGUCGCCGACGCUGGACGCGGCCUGCGACCCCGACACCUGUGUCAACGGCGACUGUGUCAACGGCACCUGCGUGUGCCGCGAGGGCUGGCAGGGUGCGCACUGUCAAUUCUGCGGCGGGAAAGUCAGAUUAUCGGAGAGUAUUGGGAGCAUUCACGACGGCUUUGGCAACUACACGGCGGACGUGAGGUGCUCCUGGUUGAUCGAGAGCGACCCGAACACGAAGAUACGGAUGCACGUGGAGCAAUUCGCGACGGAAUGCGGCUGGGACCAUCUGUACAUCUAUGACGGUGAUAGCGUCGAGGCGCCACUGUUGGCUGUCUUCUCCGGCCUGAUGCACAAGGAUAGCUAUCACAUACGCCGCGUGCCGGAAGUAAUAGCGGGAUCCGGUAGCGCGUUGCUGCACUUUUAUUCCGAUGUCGCGUACAAUAUGAGCGGCUUUAACAUUACGUAUAAACUCAACGCUUGCCCGAGCAGGUAUUCCCACAUCGACUGCUCCGGUCACGGUGUGUGUAUCGAAGGCACAUGUACCUGCGAUGCCAUGUGGACCGGUGAGGCCUGCGACGUGCAAGUAUGCCCGAACAAUUGCUCGUCGCACGAUGGGCAUGGCGAGUGUGAUCGCGAGAGUCAUCACUGCCGCUGUUAUCACGGCUUUAAAGGUGCAGACUGUAGCCAAAGAGGCGAGCAUGGAUUUUGGGAGAGUGUAACGUACAAGGAUCUGCCACCGGAAGGCUCGGCCAGUCAUUGUUCCAUCGUUUGGAAGGAUUCGCUCUACGUGGUCGGCGGCGAAAGUUUCCAUCGUGCCAAGAUGAUAUAUGUAUAUGAUUAUAACGGCAAUGUUUGGGAGACACCUCACGUUGAGGGUCGAGUGCCGUUACCGCGGUACGCGCACUCGUGCGUGCUAUUCGGCGACAAGAUAUUCAUGUACGGUGGCGUCGUGCAGAACUCCACCGUAACCAACGAAGUCUGGGCGUUCGACGUGUCCGCCAAGGUCUGGGAAAACGUUACCGUGCACGACAAUUGCCACAACAAGACGAUAUGUGGUCCACUGAAGGUAGCCGGGCACACCGCAACCCGGGUACAGAGUCACGGCAAAAAGGAGAAGAUGGUUGUGAUAUUCGGCUAUUCGCCUCAGUAUGGUUACUUAAACACCGUCCAGGAGUACUCUUUGGGUACGCGCGAGUGGCAGAUCGUCAAGACGACCGGGUUUCCCGUGAAGGGCGGCUACGGACACAGUUCCGCCUAUGAUCCCCUGACGAAUCUUAUUUACGUGUACGGUGGUUACGUGUCGGAGUCGCAAAGCACACAUGUUUUAUCCAGUCGGUUAUACGCGUACCAUACUAAUUAUAACGAAUGGCGGAUGCUUACGUCGGCACCGUCGGCACGUUUUUUUCAUACGGCUACUUUUGUUACGGGCGGAUUGAUGUUGGUGUUCGGCGGUAAUAUGCACAACGACACACAGCAGUCGCAUGGCGCGCGAUGCUACUCGGCCGACAUGCUUGGCUACGAUGUGACGUGUGACACGUGGCAUCAGUACACUAUGCCCAGAGACAUGAGCGAUCUUCCGCGAUAUGGUCACAGCGCGACCGUCUUUGAGAAGUCGAUGUAUAUCUACGGUGGCUUUGACGGUGAAAUGCUCUCUGACAUGUUGAGGUAUACUCCCGGCAACUGCGAUGAUAUAACGACUCAGAAUCAGUGUCUGAAUGUCAGGAGAGGCAUAAAGUGCGUGUGGCACAAGCUGAGCAGUAAAUGCCUACAGAUUUCAAAGAUACCGCAGCAAUGGCUCAAUCACGAUUACGACGAUCAUGACAGCAUAUACACGAAAUGCCUGGAUAGCGAGUCACCCCGUGGUAUGACGUCGCAUGAAGAACUCUGUAAGCUUUUCACCGAUUGUGUUACAUGCGUGCAAACCUCGUACAAUUGUGUAUGGUGUGGUAAGAGUUGCUUACAUAAAAAAUGCCGGGAUAUUCCGAAUAUGCCGAAUUUGCCCAUCAAGGAACUGGAUCAGUGUGAUGCAAACACUGGUAUCGAAUGCCUGCAAUUGCAUACGUGUCAUGCUUGCUCCAGCAAUUCGCGUUGCAUUUGGUCGUGGUCCAACGGACCUGACCGUUGCAAACCACAGUCGAAAAUUCGAGAGGUGAGUGUAUUAAACGACACGAUUCAGGCGCAGCGUUUAACGAUGGAUACGUGUCGCAGUCCAUGCGUGGAGUAUACGUCGUGUCGCAACUGCACAGAAUCCGACUGUAUUUGGUGUCAAAAUCAGGCCAAAUGCGUAGAUAAGAACGCGUACCCGGCCAGUUUUCCGUAUGGGCAAUGUCGCGAAUGGACGACGAUAGAUUCCCGGUGUCGCGCUACAGAAACUGGUAGGGAAUGGUGCAGCUUCUAUUCGUCAUGCGCCACUUGCCGAUCGGAUCCCGGUUGCGGCUGGUGCGACGACGGAUCGGGUACCGGGAAAGGUUCGUGUAUGCCUGGUGGAGCUCGUGGUCCCAGCAGCAGAAGCUCGAACAUGUGUUCACUUGAACUUUGGUACUUCACAAGAUGUCCAACUUGUCAAUGUAAUGGUCACAGUAAGUGUCUUCCAAAUAGUAGCGUAUGCAUUCAGCCAUGCGGAAACUUGACUUAUGGACCACACUGCGAUAAGUGUAUCCCCGGCUAUUACGGUAGCCCACUCAACGGAGCUACAUGUCAGCCUUGCUCCUGCAACAAUCAAGGAACUCAAUGCACAAGCGAGACGGGCAAAUGUUUUUGCACAACUAAAGGUAUUAUCGGCGAUCACUGUGAACGUUGUGACGUAUCUGGUCUCUAUCACGGAGAUCCUACGAAUAAAGGAUCUUGUUUUUAUGAUUUGGCUAUUGACUAUCAGUUUACGUUUAAUCUGAGCAAAAAGGAGGAUCGGCACUAUCGAGCAAUCAACUUCAAGAAUUCGCCACCGAAAGCUGACAUUGACGCCGAGUUCUCCAUCACGUGCUCCGUGCUUGCCAAGAUGAAUGUGACCAUCAAGAAAGUUAAUAGUCAAGAAAAGCCACUGUUGCUCGGCGCAAAUUGUACAACGACCAUGUACAAGCACCGUUUCAGCAAAGCGGACUACAACUUCGGCAGCGAAGAUAACAAUACUCUCACUACAUUCUACGUGUACGUCUAUGACUUUCAACCGCCAUUGUGGAUCCAGAUCUCGUUUUCCCAGUACUCCAAACUGAAUCUACAACAGUUUUUCAUUACAUUCUGCACAGAUUACAUGACACCGCACAGGUGCUUCCUCGCUCUACUGCUAGUGGCUGCCAUUCUCUGGAAGAUCAAGCAAAAAUAUGAUAUGUAUCGACGAAGACAAAGGCUCUUCCUGGAAAUGGAGCAAAUGGCUAGCAGGGCGUUCAGUCAAGUUCUGGUGGAAAUCGAGAGACGUGAUGUUGACAAUUCGGAUCCAGAUCGCGGUGAUGCCGACUUUACCAAUUGUCGUAAAAAGAAGAAGGAUGCUCCUAGUCCGAUCGCACUGGAGCCUUGUUGUGGCAACAGAGCAGCGGUUCUGUCUCUGCUAGUCAGAUUGCCGACUGGCGGCGAGCCUUAUACGCCAGCCGGGCAGAGCGCUGGUCUAGCCGUGGCGUCCGCUUUGGUAACGCUAGGCAGCCCGCGCCGACCAUCUCAGGAAUUAACGACGAAGGAGCCGAAAAAGACGAGGAAGUCCGCCAGCCAGCAUCCGGACUCCACUUGCAUUUAGCGGUAAAUCGACAAAAUAUCGCGCGUUAGGAUGUGACUAUAUGAUAAGCCUUAGAUUUGUUUCUGUGAUCUUGCCCGCGCUUAAUACGGCAGGACAUUCAUCUUCGAACUCUAAAUGGAGUGAAGAAGUGCGAGCGAUAAUCGCGCCGAGAUCGAAACGGGAAAACCAUACGCGAAAAUUUUACUCGUUGACGCGCGACUGAUCGGUGAAUCGAACAAUUCGGUUAUCUUGUCCGACGAAUUGGGUGAGCGUGUAACGCUAGAUAUAGAUGUAUGCGCGACUUUCCUUAUCGAGUAGAAGGAAACGCCUUUUUGGCCGAGGAGCGAAUGGACUGCUCCGACCGGUUACGUCCGCUAAUCAUGGUAAGUAACAUUUCUUUUAGACUUGAGCUGCAUAUUUUCAUGCGCCGAAAGGGACGUCCAUUGAUCACUCGGCUAACAUUCGGAACAUAAUCGAGUUUCUUUUUAAGGCUCUCGAUUAACGAUGUACAGUGUUGUAUAGGUGGUUAGACGAUUGUUUUUGUCGAAGAAGUUACGAUACGACGUGUUGGUCGCGUGGAUAAACUGGCCUCGUGCAUAUUCGAAAAGCUUUUAUCCGCUGCAUCUGUUUUAGAGAAUUAUUCAUUCAUAAUUUAGAAUAUAUUAUAUUAUAUAUAUAUAUAUAAUAUAUUUAAUUAUCAUAAAUCUAAGAAAACUACAUAAUCAUCUCUUAAAAAUUUAGAAGUUUAUAAAAUGAAGUGCCGCUUAAAUCUGAAAAAAUUAAAUAUAUUUAAUAUAUUUAAUAUAUUUUUUUUUGUCAUAAGUUCUUAUAUCUCUCUUUCUUGGCAUGAUUUCUACAGUGCAGUGGACAAAAAACAUUGUAAAUGCCAUAAAAAAAGUUAUUAAAAAUAAUUCAUUAAUGUUAUUAUGAAAUGAUUAAAUUCAAAGAAGUACAACGCUUCGACGUAAGCUGUAAAUAGGCUGUAUUUUUGUCGGACUCGAACGAAAAAAAUCCGAUCAUUAAUAGUGAAGAUAAAAUGCGUAUGAAAGUGGACGAAGGCCGGUGAGUACAUCAGAGAAUUCACUAUUUAUGCAUCUAUGUAGCAAAUAUGUGUAAGAUUCAUAUUCUAAAUCGAUCGAGGUGAGUAGAGAUAACAAUUUGCAAUCGGUACAGAUUUAUGGAACGUACAAACUGCAUAUCCAAUUUUAUGUGCAUUUUGCAUUAAAAUAUUGUGCCAAAUUAGUAUUUCUUUCUUCAGUAUUAAUGCAAAUCAUUUGUCGAGAGACACACUUUGGUCGACUAGAAUCUUUGGCAGAGCCGAAGAGCUCUAGAGCGAAGGAACGAAUAUUUUCCUUUCGUUUGUUACCUCUAUUCACUGUGAUUGCAAUCAGUUUUCGUCGUACGACCGAAAGUUUGCAGGAUCCAAGAUUUGACACCAGUUAACGGCGUAAUAUAAUUAAAAAUUUUUAAGAAUUCGUGUCGGUCAUACUCGAGAUUUUAGCCUAGCAAACGAAAAUCGAAACAAUUUAACGUGGUCAUUAUAAUAAGAAUGUCAUUCGAAAUCUCAUUUUUCUUUCACAUACAUGGCGCAAGUAACGGUGCUGAUUAUUUCGCACGGUUGGUUGCAUGACUGUCUUUUUGAGCAUUUAACUAAUGUGUGUACGAGAUUCGCAUAUUUUUGUUUUCUUUUUUUUAAAGGAUUUAUAAAUCUCCGUUUAUAUUACAUUUUUAUUCCUUCAUAUUUGUGUAUUACGGAGAAAAAUAAAUUAGUAAUAUAUAGCGUAUAUAUACUUCCAUUUUUGAUAGUAAAUUUGCUACUUUGCUUCUUACUGUUUCAAAUAUGUGAAAAUAAGUUGUAACGUUCGAAAACUUUACGAAUUUUGUAUACAUCAUUAACGAGAGGUAACGGUAGUGCAUGGAGAAAGUUCCAGCGCACUCCGAUUCAUACGUGAAACGCGUUGAAGGUAUAUUAAGAAACCGGCACGGUUUUCUUUUUCUUCUUGAAACUUUCAUGGUGAUACAAGAAAGAGGAGUUAUUAAAAUUCAUACACAUACAUACAUAUAUUAGAUAUUCUUUCUAUAAAUACGUUAUCUUGUGUUAUGAUAAUUAAGCAUUUUUUUUAUUGUGGUGCGAUGUUUAUGUGUGUACUAUAUAAAUAUACAUACAUAUAUACAUAUAUAAAUAUACAUAUGUGUGUAUGCGUGUAUAUGUAUGGCUUCGUAUUUAUAUUAUUGGUGCAUAUUUGAACGGACGAAUAAUAUUAGGUGUACAAAUUAAUUUUCGGCCCUAACAUUAAAUCAUAUGCAGUAUUUAUUUAAACUUAUUCCCGCCAAGUUCAGGGUUGUAUAGACCAUAAAACUGGAAUAUGUAAGUGACAUGACUUCAAAAAAUUCACUGUGAGUCUAAUGAACAUGAUGGCGUCCGACAAGCAGCAUAUUAGGGACUGUUUGUUUUUUGCACUCCAGUUAAAAAAAAUACCCCCUAAGGGUAAAGAAAUAAUUUAUAAGACAUUAAGGGAAGAUGAUGUAUCUUACAGCACGUGUAAAAAACGAUUUCAGAAGUUUCGGAAUGGAAAUUUUAACCUCGAGGAUGAUGAACGUGCCGGAAAACUAAGAAAGUUUGAAGACGGUGAUUUGGAGCAGCUGCUGGCCGAAAAUCCGUGCCAAACCCAAUCAAAUUUGAUACUUUAUCACUUACCCAAUAGAUGACAAAAAUGUAUAGAUGUUACUAGAGAUUAUUUUUAUGAUUAAAAAUGUAUGUUGAUUUUAUAUAAACGAAUGUAAUUUUCAUUAAGAAGGACCGAGAAUUAAUUUAUGCAUCUAAUAAAUGACGAUUUGUUAUACGACUUGAAGUAACGCAAAUGCAGUGCAUUUUAUUAUGACGUUUAAUACUCAUAUCUUUGUCUUUAUAUCGUUUAAACUAUUAAUUUAUAUAAAGACGUGGUCAAGAGAGACAUAUACAUAUAUACAUAUAAAUUAGAAUCGCUUUCUUUUAAGCGAUAAAAUGCGCAUUCUAUUUCAAAUAUAUUUUUCGUACCAAAGAAAGCUCUAUAGAUAUGAAUAAAAUCGUUAUUGCGCACGUAGAGGACUAGAUAGCACCCAACACAAUCAAUCGAUUAUUAUGUAACAAUUAGAAAUAAAUUCGUAAUUAUUGGUCGCGUUUGAAAAAUGAUUUUUCGCCAACGGUAACGUACGUCUGAUUAUUAUUUGUUGUCGAGUUUACUUUUUGAUACAAACAGCUUUUGUACUCAAGUAGCGUGAGAAGUAAUCUCGUUUAAGAGAUAUAAUUGAAACUCUUCUCUUAUGAGCGCCAAAAAAAAGAUAUUAAACAUAUUUUAUUAAAAUAUAUUUUAUUGGAUAUAUUAUAUUGCGAAAUAUUUUUUAUUAUAUAAUUUGUACAAACAAAUGUGAGCGCCUUUGAUUCUUUCGUUGCCACAGUACAUGCAAUUAUUUAUUAUCGGCGGUUUCGAUAGUUAACAAAAUUAUCAUAAAUUUAGACCCACACAGAGAGGAUCGCUUUUACUCUUCGUGUGUCAGUAAUUUCGGCAACGAAAGAAUUAAGAUUGAAACGCAAAAGUUCAAAGAUAUCGUUCAUUUAGAAUAAAUUUCUCCAGUGCAAAAAGAGAAGUGCUCUGUAAUUAGGAAUAUCGUUUAAAUUCGUGAUACUUUCAAUGUCGUAUAAAUAUCCGAUGUUCUCAGUGAUAAAUUUAAAUUAUGGACGAUGGUCCAACUGGCGCUCAUAUGUACACAUAUUUUUUUCUUUUAGUUCUUUUCUUAGGCUGUUCUUGAGAAAUUUACCAGAGGAGGGUCGCUCUCGAGUGAAAUCUUCACGAUCUCCAUCGAGAUUCACUCUUGAAAAAUAAAACUGUCAGACGAAUGGUCGUUGAAAGUCUCUCUUUCCAUUCUGCGCCAGAUCUGAAAAUUAUCACCGUCGAGAGCCACCCUCGGAGGAUAAAAAUCUCGAGCGUACCGCCCCCGGCUUCGAUUUUCUGUCUGUCGCGUUUGUCGUACCGUAACACUGCCAAUGUAAUAUUCCUCCACUUCAUUGAUCUUUACAAUCUGCUUCGUCUUCGACCCCGAGACGACGGCCGGGCUCCCUCCUCUUCCCGCGCCGAUCGAUCUCUGCGACUGAUAACACGUGCGAACCAUCGAUAUUCCGCAAUCUCUUAUCUCUCUUUCCAACGAAGAUCGCGCACCAUUGUUGUUCGCGAUCGCGACGGGACUACCGCUCUUGAGGGGUUCUUUGACAAAGUUAUAUAUAAUAUUUUAUAAUAUUAUAUAUAUGUAUAUGUAUAGAAUGUGGAACGAUUUUUUUAGUUGAACAAGUGAAGACGUGCUACAUAAGUUCCAACAUAUUUCUUCAAUAGGUCAUAUAUUCGAAAGUAAUAGAAUAAAAUAGUUAAUUAUAUAAUACAGCUAUUAGAAUUAAAUCAAUAAAAAGUUAUUAGAAGGAAAGGAGAAAGGUCUAUAAGGGCCACCUGGUUUUUUUCUUUUUUUUUAAUUUAUUGGCACGUAUUGUUUUAAUUCUAACAUGUAAGAGCAUUGGCAUCAAUACAAAGAAAAAAUUGAGAAAACUCCAGAAUGAUUCCAGAUUAUUUUCCAAUACGACUGCUGUGAUUUGAAAGGUUUUUCGAUCAGGUAUUCAAAAAAUUGAUUUCCGAAAUAAAUAUGAUAACACUAAAUACCUCCUUCGAGUUGGAAUUAUUCAAAUUGAAUAUAUAAUUAUUAAAGUCAAGAUACAGGAGUUUGAACAAAAUAUGCAUAUACUCUUAUAGACCUUUCCUCUUUGUAAUAAUUUGAACCGGAAUACCCGAUCGGUUCAGUCGCAUACUAUUAUCCUCUAAUUCUCGAUAAAAUGCCACGUAAGAGCAAAUGAAUAUCGCGAAAGGUCCCGUUGCGGUCCAUGAAGUCUCUUCGAUUUUCUUCUUUCGACUCAAAGAAGGAAAAGGAGAACUGGGGGAGAUCUCUCCUUCAUCGCGAGAAACUCAAUGAACAUCUGCGGCCUUUCCGAGGCGAGAUCUCUCCAGCUCUUCUAAUCGUAAAACGUAGAUCUUAAAGUUGGAAGGCUUACGACGAUACAAAAUAUAUCCAUCCCUAUGGAUACUCGAGUCACCGAUCUUAGCCGUUAAGGAUUCUUAAGCGCCGGUAUGUGAAACUCGAAAAGAAAGAUGAUGCUUUUUGCGAGCGGGAGACAUCGCGAUGCGCUGAAAGACGCGAUGAAAAUUCGAAUUUGCAGAAGAAGAGAAAAAUCGUUCUCGCAUAUAUACACACCCACACACAUACACAUACACGUAGAACAUACAAACACGCAGAGCCGAGAACACAGACGGGCGUAUAAUAAGAAUACUUAAUAAUCUAACUAAAUAAGUACACAUAUAUAAUUAUGUAUAUUAUACAUAAUUAAACGACGCGAUUUUUCUAGGACACAAUCGAAGAUAUUUAUUUUUAUUCGAGCGUAAGCAUAAGGCACACAAACUAUUUGAUAGAAAUCUGCAAGUCGACGGAACGAUCUAAGUCUCUCUCGACGCGAAUCUCGCAAGAAUCUUAGAGAAAGCGGAACACGAAGCGAGCGUGUGUUUAUGUAACGCGUAUUAUGUACACGAUGUAAAAUCUGAGACCAUUAAUUUCCAUAUACGAUAUUAGCGUUGCCUUGCUACUUUACAUUGACACCGUCGUUAGAAAGAGCGAGAUGUAUCAAGUGUCAAAGCGAUUUUGGAGACAUCUUCACAGAAAUUUCGUCCGUUACAUUUUUCUUCCAUCUCUCCGAAGACCACGUCGCGGCGUUUCUCGCCGAAAAAGUCCCGAGCUGUUCUGUGUGGACACUUGACAGUCUUUCGCGUGCUAAAGCCGCUCGAGCUUAAUAACGAUCAUUUUCAUCCUACAUGUAAAGUUCAUUACUUGUAUAUAACGUCAUACGGAGGAACAUUAUUUUAUUUCGAGCGAUGUAGGAGAGAAAGCAACGAAGAAAGGCUUCCGAAACUAUCGUAUCUCAAAGGUAUUAAUCCGUUUUCGAAUUGUGCGCACGAGAAGUUGGAAAUAAUCUUCGAUUUUUGUUUUUUUUUAAUCAUUUAGUUUUUUAACUAUUGCUCUCGGAAACGUCGCAAAUAAUUGAAUAAUUCGGACAUUUUUAAUCUCAAGAUCGAACAUCAAAUGGUUCGAAUCUUUCGAACUGGAAGUAUAUUCGAAAUACUUGAAUUCAGUUUCGAAAGUUCGAAAUUAUUAUAAAAUUGAAAUUUUUCUUAUAUAUAUAGAAAAGAAAAUACUCGUGAAAAAUUGUUUUGUUGCUUUCAAUGCAUACUGCGUUUCCGAUUUUCUUUACUGUUCAAACAGGUGUAACAAAUUAACAUUACAGAUCACUUUAAGUUCGAACCUUGGUUCGAACUGUUCGAAAUAUUCGAGCUGAUUGCUCAUUCUUUUUUUACUUCGAACUAUUCCAAUAAAUCGAACAUACAAUACGUUACAAUACGUUCAAAUCUUUUGUUUAAAUUUAACCGAUUGUUUUUAGGAGAAGUAACAACGUUGGUCGGUAUAUUUUUUGUCUAUUCAGUUUACUUUUCUCAAUAUAAGAAUAUUUUUAGUCCCGAGAACUAGACUUUCCCGGCCAAGCUUGACGUGCCGUGUGUGCUGAACAUUUGGAUUAUUUUUAGAUUUGAUACGUGUGGCUCGUAUCUCUCUUUUUGCAUUAAAAAGAAACUUAAAAAGAGGUUUAACUCUCGUUUCUCCAUUUUCUUUCAAAUCGGAGCAUAGCAUGCCGAGGGACGGAAGAGCCAUCAAAAUUUCUCAGUUGAAAAAACCGUAUCGCGAGCAUAGAAUCUCUGGUUUAAUUUUAUAUGUUUCAUAAUUCGCGUGCGGCACUUAAACGAUCUGUCAAACGUAACUUUAAAAAUAUCAGUCAAGAGCUUCACGUGAUUUAUUUAUUUUCGUUGCGGCCUCGAUAAAUUAAACAUUGAUUAAAUCGAGCAAGCCCGUGUAGAAGCUUAUUAAAGAUGGUUUUAUGUAACAUAAGGUCUCAUUUAUUAUUUAUUAGAGAUGUUAUAACAAAGGUUUUCUUUUUUUAAUCUGAGAUCCCGAUCAUUACUUAUCAGAAAUGCCACAGAAAAGGUUUUCUUAUUUUUAUCUAAUGAGACCCUUAUCAGGAUUUAAUAAGAAAGUUUUAACUUCAUAAAUACUUAUUUAUUGGAGUUAAUUUAAAAGGCCCAGAAAAGGAUUUAUGAAUGUCAUCACAUGUAAAAGUCCUUAUUUUUAAGACAUAAUAAGAACUUUUUAUUUAAAUCUUAUUUUAUAAUAAGAUUUAUGUUAUUUAAAGUAAAAAGCAAUGAAAAUCUGAUUUAAAAAGAAAAUUUUUUUUCUUACCAUAUAAGGGCCUUGUGAAUAAUUUGUUACAUGUCAUACAAAGCCUAGAUUUAUAUUUAGGCUAAUUGGGCUCUUACUAGAAUCUUAUUAACGUUUCUACACGGGACAUUUACAUUGCAAAAUCGGAUAUUUCGUAUCGAUGAUUUCAUGUUGCGCACAAGUGUAAGGUAUUCAUUUGUAUUAUAGUUUAUAGUUCUUAUAAAUAUAUAAUAUUCAUAUUCGCUUGUACGUAUGAAGUUAAAGUCAUCCGAUUGUACGAAAUAAAACUGCUUUAAAAAUAUAUGUUGCACUAUAUGUUUUGGUCGAAGCGUCUUGAAUUAGCUCAACCAUUUAAAUGCGUUUAGGAAGAAACGUACGUAACACGUGUGCGCACCAUGCUUUCGAUACGCUUGCGAUAAAACCCAAAUGUAUACCAAAUUUCUGUAUUGUUGAAAGUUAAGCCAAGAGAAACCGAUUGCGAGAACGGGAAACGUCGCGGAUAUAUUUUUAGAUCGGCGCGUAUAUGCAUCGAACGGCACGAGAGGAGCGUGAACGAUCGCGGCUUCGUACACGCACAUACCUUAUCAUUCAAUCACAUAUUCAGCUUUAUCUAGUCUACAAAAGAUGAGCGUGACCGCGUGCGAAUGAAUGGUUGCGAUAUCGGCGAGCUUUCCCUCGCGAAGUGCGACUUGCGAAUUCAUAUGUAUGUCGAACACGAUGGAAGAUUAGGAAUCUUUUACUCUAUAUGAAUUCUAUACGAACGAUCUCUCUUGUGAUAGUAAAUUUCUUCAAAAGAAGAAAAAAAGGAUAAACAAGUGUUGCUUGACAUCAAUUCCAGAAUCUUGUUCUGCGGAAAUAAUCGGGAAAAUUUUGCCAAGAAUUCCCCAAAGACUAUUCAACGAUUUUAUAUACCUCUGAUUGGUUAUUGUUUACAACAAACAGUAGAGGUGAAGAGUGAAAGAUUCUUGCUUUCCGAAAGACAUGCUUUUUUGGUGACAAAAUUGAGUGUACGAUCUAGAUAAAAGAAAUUAUCUGCUCUUCGCGCCAUCGGAAAUCGACUGCGUCCUUUAGUCUUUUUCCUACGCUUUUCUCCUAUAACCGCAAAGAUAAUUUUUCAUAAUUAGCAAGUCGAAAGUGAGAGGGGCAUAAAAAGAAGGUGCUGUAUAAAAAGAAUUCCCUACUUUAGGAAAGCCGAAUCUAUGCAGGAUUUGUGGGAUUUUUAAUAAUUUUGUGUAUUUCGUAGUAAUGUAACUUAUUUUUGUACGUCGCAUUUUUUUUUUACAUACCACGAUGUGUAUCACGUAUAAUCAAGGACUCUUAAUCAAAGAUUAAAUUUAAUUUAUUGCACCAUCGAUUCAUUCGCGAACAGCAGUGACGUUUGAAAAUAGAUUUCGUGACGAAAUGAACAGUCACGCGUUAAAAGUCAUGUUAGAAGAAUAAUUUGGAUUGUCAAGAGAGUUGACGAACGACAGGAUUUUCCUAGAGAACUUAUCUUAAAGAAUAAAAGAAUUAUCUUGAAGAAGAGAAUCGAAAGCGAAAAUGAGAGAGUGAGAGAAAGAGAGAAUAAACGCGCGCGCGCGCGCGUGUGUGUGUGUGUGUGUGUACGAAAGUGUGCAAGAUCGUGAAUAGGCGACUUCAAAUUAUGCCCGUAUUUUUGUGCUAGAAGUUAGAACGCGUAGAGAAUUAUUACGAACGCGUCGUGCGAGCGUGAGCAGACGAAUGGUACAUAUUGUAUUAUAUCAAAUAAAACAGAUAUUGUUUAAAUAAAAUUGAUAUAUAUAAACUCAA